AGGAUUGGCUGGAAGUAUUGGAUAAAACAAUUAAAUUAUCUCUGAAAGAAUUACUUUCUCUUUGUUUGGAUUUCCCAGAUCCACUAAAGUAUCCCUCUCAGAUAUUGUGUUUAAGUGAACAGAUCAAUUUCACGAAUAGUUGUGAGUCAGCUAUAAAAAGUGGAACUUUAAUUAGUUUUCAGAAAGAAAUAAUGAAAAAGUACUCCAAUUAUACAUCACAAAUUGUAAAGUUAUCUGGAAAAUUGUCUAAUAACACAGCUGUGCUGUUGAACAGCAAAUUAAAAUUGUUACUAAUGGAUGCAAUAUACAACUUAUAUAUAGUAAAUAAUUUAAUAGAAAUAAAAGUUACAUCUCUUACUGACUGGAACUGGGAAAAGUGUUUGAGAUUCUAUCUACGUAAUAAUGAUGUUUUUAUAAGAAUAGCUGAUGCUGAAUUUUCGUACACCUUUGAAUAUCAAGGAAAUCAAAAUAAACUUGUUCACACUACUUUAACUGAUAACUGCUACCUUACAUUGACUCAGGCACUUCAAAUGGGAUUUGGUGGAAAUCCCUUUGGACCUGCUGGAACAGGAAAAACAGAAUCUGUUAAAGCUCUUGGUUCUCAGCUUGGUAGACAGGUUCUUGUUUUCAAUUGUGAUGAGGUAAGCAGUACUUAA